GCUGCGGCUCUCCGCGGUUCCAGGCUGCGAGCAGCACCGCACUAACGACGUCUUACUGCUGCGGCCCGAGCCGAGAGCAACGCAGGCGACACGCAGUGAAAAUGCGCACGUGGUGUUUUUCCCCGGAGACAUACAGGUUCCCCUUCUGCCACCAAAACAGCUCUGAUUCGUCAAGACAUGGACUCAACAAGACCUCUGAAGGUGUGUGUGGUAUCUGGCAGCAAGACGUUAGCAGCAGAUCCUUUAAGUCCUGUAAGUUGCAAGGUGGAGCCUCCAUGGAUCGGACUUAUUUGUUCAGCACAUUCCACAGAUGCUCAAUCUGGGGAAUUUGGAGGCCAAGUCAACACCUUGAAUUCUUCAUCAUGUUCCUCAAACCAUUCCUGAACGGUUUUUGCAGUGUGGCAGGACGCAUUAUCCUGCUGAAAGAGGCCACUGGUACGUGUCUACAUGUAAAUGCCAGGACCCAAAGUUUCCCAGCAGAACAUUGCCCAGAGCAUCACACUGCCUCCCCCAGCUUGCCUUCUUCCCAUAGUGCAUCCUGGUGCCAUCUCUUCCCCAGAACUUCCAUCAAGAGAUGGCUCUGCAGCCUGAUGCCUCUCCAUGGCUCUCAUUCAGUCUGGAGCGAGUAGCUUUGGUGCUAGGUGCCCGCUUCCCAGGCCGCCAUGUGUGGCUGGUGCGUCCAUCACGGCUCCACCUGCACAAGUUCAGCUGCUAUUCCAACUUUGUUUCAUGUGACCUGUUUGGCGCACCUAAGCACUCGCCUGACUACGGCGCCGUGCGCCACUUACGAGCCCUCCUGGGCAACGCCAUGAAGCGUGCAGCUAUCGCCGAGCCUUUGCCACCACUAGUAGGUGCCUCAGUGCCUGCUCCCCUCCCUACAGGCUUCUCGCUUAUUUUAGUGGGCUUCAGUAAAGGCUGCGUGGUGCUGAAUCAGAUGGUACACGAGCUGGCAUCAGCCCGCACUGACCCAGAGCUGAGGCAGUUUCUGGACAGCACCUCGGACAUGUACUGGCUGGACGGUGGACACCCAGGCACCGGAGACACGUGGGUGACGGAUAAGCAGGUGUUGGGUGAGUUGGCAUCCAGCGGAGUGGCCGUACACGCUCACGUCACUCCCUAUGAAGUGUGCGACCCAGCGAGGGCGUGGGUGGGACGCGAGCAUCGGUGCUUCGUAAAGACGCUGAAAGAACUUGGUGCCCGCAUCUCACAAAACCUCCACUUUGAGGACGAGCCAGCAUGCAUCGGAAACCACUUCCGGGUCAUCGAGGAGUUCUGAGUGGCACAGAAGUGUGUUCAUGUUGCACGAUUAGAGCUGCUUCUGGCUACAAGCUUUCUCGACACUUCAUGUUUUUGCAGUUCAAGUCUCUUUACUUGGCACACGACUGAGUACUAAAUGUUAGCCAAUUUCUGCAAACUUCUGGACAAGGAGCUUUCUAAAGCAUUUACGUGGGCAAUAUUUUAUCCUCUUUGGUCCGAAGUCAUAGUUCCAGUUUCUUGUGCUGGUCAAAGGCUGCUUCUCAAGCGAAGACUGAUCAUAGCAGAAUAUUUUGACCAACCGUCUGAACGUUCAGCUGUAACGUCGAAAAUAUCUUGUUGCUCAGGUUGCACAGUUAGCUUCUUCUGCUUCAUAAUUAUAAGCCAUGUCUCAAAUCAAAUCACUUAACUAUGUGCUGUUUUAGAUCAAUAAUUUGUAUAUUAUUUAUAAUAUACAUUUUUUUUGUUUAAUUGUGGAUUAUUAUCAUUACUGUAAAAAUGAGCCACGGCUGACAGAUGAUGUUCUGUCACGCUAGAAUACAGCUAUCACUGGAAGUGCAUAGCUUAACGGGGGUGGACAAAUGAUCAAUCUGUUGGCUAGCCCACCAGGCAGGGAAGAGCUUCAGUGAGCUGCCCAGGCUAAUGUUUUGCUUGCAUGGAAAUCUAAUUGGCUAGGCUAAAAAAGUGGUAGCUAAUGUAAGCUGUAUACAGAUCAUUAUCCUCCUUUAGCACUCUAUAAUACAGCACAUCGUGUUUGCCAUGUUUGACAAAAGCACAUCAUUGGACAAUGUCUCAGUCUGGCUAACAUCUUUAUGUACACGUUUAACUGUGAGGUGACAGUUACUUAUCGUAGGAGGAGUUAUAUGACAGCUUUGUGCUAGAUUUUCAUUGUUUCCACACACACACUUUCCUGAUUCCUCUGUACAAGCUGAUUAAGGUUAACAAUGAAUGUAAAAAAUGCUGAAACCGCUAGAUCACAUCUCAUCCGACGUGUGCAGGAUUUUAGAACGAGUAUUGUGCGUUAUAGUUACAGCAUCAAAGUGCUUCGCAUCACAGUGCAGUGCGUAGUGUUUCAACAUAUAUCCACAAAUAAAAAAACGAAUAGUCCAGACACAAAAUCUGCUUGGCCUAGGCUACUGAUUUGUCCACUCCUGUGUAACACUAAUGUUUACAAUCAUUGAAUAUGUUUGUGAAUAAGCAAUUGCUACCAGCUUCAGCAUAGCAUAUGACUGUGAGCUCGUGAGCUAAGCUGCAACGAUUCCACUUUGUCUGGCUGAGAUGAAAUGCCUACUCAGCAGGACGUGUAUGCACUAGUGUCGAACGUGUAAUAUAGUUCAUGUGCAAUCUAAUUUUUCUGCUCGACUGCAGUGAAUGUAUUUGAUGUCGCCAUUCCAUGCUUUUAUAAAAAGCUGUUUUUCUUUAAGCAUUCAUUCUGUUUUGUUUACUUGAUAAUAAAGUAACGCUUAGCUACA